GAGAGAGAGAGAGAGAGAGAGAGAGAGAGAGAGAGAGAGAGAGAGAGAGAGAGAGAGAGAGAGAGAGAGGCAUCUACACUGUGCGACGCAGCGAUCGAUACGAGAGACUACACCGGAGUUAACCCAACGUGCAGAGAGUAGACCCUUGUCCACAUCAGCUUGCCACCAUGGGGAUAUCACCGUCCAGUCUCCUGGAUGAAAGUAAAUCCAACUACAUAAGAGGUUGUGCGGAGGCAGAGCUGAAGGAGUUCAGUCCCCACUACAGGAGACAGUACUCUGUGGUCUUCUUCUCCCAAGUCCAGGAUGAGCUGGAGCAACAGAAAGAGAAAAUAAAACAGCUCCUCAAACAAAGGGGUCCUCCGAAGGCGGGGGAGGUGCUGUAUGAGGAACAGGUCCUCCAUUUUGAUUAUACCCGGAAGUGGAAGGAGAGAUACAUGGUGGUUCGCGCCAACCACUGCCUGGAGUGUCACGACAGCUUUGAGAGCUUUGUGAAGGGCGUGCCCCCGCUCCACAAGCUGCUACCAACAGGAGGCACUGUGCUCACCACAGAGGAGAAGUACAUGGCCAUGGUGGACCAAUGCUUCCCUGUUUCUGAAACCAACAAUGUGAAGGAGGAGUUUGCCCCUCCUACAAGUGGCAUGCCUGGACAGUUUCCUGUGUACCUCAGGCUUCCGUACCGUAGGGAUUACUACUUCUGCUUCCGACAGGACGCUCGUCAAGAUGCAUUCCUCUCCAUCCUCUCUGACUGCAUCCGUCACCAGAACCAAGACUUCUUAAAGAAGAAGACGGUUGAGGUGCAGGCCUUCCUCAAGGCGGUCCACCUCUACAGACAAGAGAAGGGCCGUUAUGACUCCUGGAACAUGCUGAUUGGCAGUGAUGUCAGGGUACUUGCCAACUUGGUUAUGGAGGAGCUGUUGCCGUCUCUGGAGAAGGAUAUGCUGCCUCAUCUGAAAGCCAAGAAGACAGAGAGGAAGAGAGUGUGGUUCACUACUAUAGAAGCAGCUUAUAUCCUGGUGCAGGAGUGUCUGUUGGAGGGGCUGUCUGUUCUGAAGGAGGAGUGUAAGAUGGCAGCUUGCCAGCAGGAGGUGCUGAUACGUUCUGAUAUGGACUUGAUCCUUCACUCUAGAACCUACCUGGAGGGAAAGCUUCGAGCCAGUGUAUCAGAGCCAGCAGAGAAGUUAUUUUCGGAGGGCGUGCAGCCCUACCUGGCCUCCAUACUGGAGGAGCUCAUGGGACCAAUCAGCUCAGGGUUCCAGGAGGCACGGCUCCUAAUUGACAACCAGAUGGACCAACUGUGUCAGGACUUCCAGGAGGGCGGCGUUACCGACAAACUCAAGCAGGCCCUGGCUAAGCUGAGUAAGCCCAACCUGUUGAGUUGUUACCAGAGGAUCAACUCUCUCCACGACCAGCUGCAUGACCUGCAGGAACGCUUUGGCUUCUCCAACAUCAGCAAUCUGGUCCACAGCACCCAGAUAGACCUGCAGCAGCUGAUUGAAAACGCAGCGUACUCGUUUGAGCUGCUAUUCUACAAGGCCAAAGAAAACUGCACAGACAAUGUAGGCUCUGCCAUGGAGAAGUCCAGGCACAUGGUGCUCAAGCAAUAUGAUUACGACAGCAGCACAGUCAGGAAGAGGAUCUUUCAGGAGGCCUUGGUGGGGAUCACUCUACCUCACAUUAAGAAGAACCUGGCCCCAACCUGCAAAACAGAGCUGCAGGGUCUUGAACAGUUCAUUGAUGCAGACUAUUCCAAUUUUCUCCAUGUGGAGAAUAUCUAUGAAGGCAUUCUGCUGCAGACUCUGGACAAGGAAGUCAGCAAAGUGGUGAAGGACGCAGCCAGCCUACAGAAACACAACCUGUUCACAGACAGCAGGGACCCCCUGAGCCAGACCAGCCGCUCCAGUCCCCUCUCCAUCCCAUCCACCCCCAGCAGCCCAGCCAGGGUGCCAUUCUCCCCCACACAUCUCCAGACCAAGCCUGAGACCUCUACCUUUAUCCAGACCCAGCCUGAGACCCAGCCCCAGGCUGAGGUACCAGCACCAGCCCAGCCUGUCUCUCCUGAUCUGAGCAACAGUCUGGCGUUCGUUGGGGGUACACAGGGGGACCCCCCAAGUGUCGUGUUGAAGGCAGAGCAGAACAAGCUGGAGGCGGUGUCAGGGGCCACAGUAGAGAUUGAGGCCCUGGGGGCCAGUAUUGCACCUGCUGUUACAGCUCCAGUGGAGAAGCUAGUCAAGGUGGAGAACACAGUCAGUAUACAUGAGACACCUGUAGUGGCUGAGACAAAAACGGAGGACAUGUCUGAACCAACUGAGACAGCUCAAGUGGAUACCCCUGUCCUAACAGAGACAGAGAAAACACCCACUCCUGGAGAUGGUGUGGAGGUGGAGAAGACAGUAGUAAUGGGCGUACUAACUACAGUAGCACAAAGCAAAGCCCCUUCCCCCAAUCCGUUCCCUGUCCCUGACCCUUCCCCUGUUUGUGUUGUCAAGCCUGUAGCUGUUGAAGAUUCACCUAUAGCUGUUGAAGAUUCAGUAGCAGAGCACAUGGCUUCACUCACAAUCACCACUGCUGAGACAGAGGCUGAGUGUGAAAGCGGUCCUCCUAACAGUGAACCAGAAGCAGCCUCUAGUGGUGAGCAGCCUGUAACUGCGCAACCAGCAGACGCCAGCCUUGCUGCAGCAGCAGAGACCAAGGAUGUGCCAGCCUCAUCCUCCGCCAUCCCAGAUGAUGGGGAUGAUGGAGGGGUUACAGAGAGCGAGUCAGCCCCCUCAGACAUCAAGAUCCCUGGUGAUGAUGAUGCCACGAGAGCAGCAGCCCCCACUGAUGAGGUCAAAGUGUCACAGAGCAACGAAGUGGAGUGGAGCGUUUCUGUGACCUCUAACCUUGCAGUAGAGGUCAGCGUGAGUGAAACACCAGUCGGCAUCGCCACCAAGCCCCCUGUAGAAGUAUCAGAGGGUAACCCCGAUCCCCCUAGCGACGCCCCGGUCUCUGAAGCAACAGGAGGCGUUAACGGAGAAGCUAGCGUUGAAGUCACUGCUGGUGCUUAUUCCACCGUAGCAUCAGCAGCCAAUUUGAAUGUAGUCCCUCCACAGCCCCAGCCAGAUACCCAGGCCACCCUCCUUGCUGAGCCCACCAAAGAAGCCCUCCAGGCUGUGGAGCCCGCUGAGCCUGCUUCCCGGGCCAUGGACUGUGUGAAAGAGAUCCAGGACCUGGUGGUGGCGGUGUUUGAAGUGGAGGAGAUGGUCCAGCGCCACCCAGGUAGUGAUAACAUAUGAGGGAGGGGUGGCCAGUGAGGUGCCUGAUAUCACACAGAGAAUAAAUGAAGAAAAGGACCCCAUUCUUUAAAUCACUGCAAUUGUGAGGAGUAUGAAAAUGUUGUAGACUAUAACCUCGCUGUCGUCGAACCCAAUCACUAUACUGACUGAGAUUACCCUCACCAUCAAGUACAAACAAUGAACUGUUACACAAGCAUAAAACUGCACGCUUCCAUAAAAUUGCAGUGGUAAAAUAUGAACAUAUACAAUUGUGUUUGUGAGAAGAUUAAAGUAGUGAGAUAUGGGCAUAAAUAGAAUAUCAAGUUAGGGACCAAGAAAAAGCCAAUUAAUUUGGUACACAUCAAAUUGACUAUUGCAAUUGUGUGUAACUAUCUCCACUUGUCAUUGUGUGUUUUUUUUAAAUAUCUUCUAUGUCCCUACAUAUGAAUAUGCAUACAUUCUAGAUGAUUCAGACACCAUUUCUGUUACAACAGCACUGCCAUAUAUUGAGUGGGUCUGAGUAGCAAUGGGAGGGUUCUACAUAUGGAGGAAAAGAUGUUCUAUUCUGUGUGCUCUGACUUGCUGAAGGAUUUUUCUCAUCAGUUAAUAUAGAGGGUUAUGCAUGCUCAUACUCAAUCACCAGCUAGUCCACCAAGUCCCAGUAAGAUACCACUAGAUGAGGUUCUACGGUUCUUUCCUAGUGUCUACUGCCUUAUUUCCAUGAAGGAGGAUUACCACCCAUUUCCAAUAGAUGUGGUUGCUAUGGAGACUGGUCCAGUGACUUUAUUCCUGAAUGACUAAUAGCCGUGUUGAAACAGCACCUGUUCUUUCAUACAUGACAUGUUACACAGUCAUUUUGUGAAGGGGCUAUACGCAUUUGUGUAUGUAUAUUCAAGUCUGAAAAAUAUACUGUCAAAUAAAGUAUGAAGUCUACAAAAACAA